GAUCCUUUUGUUGUUGUUUUUUAUCUGGACCAUCUCCAUUUCUUUGCCAGCACCAAUGCACAACAUCAUUGGAGAUGGCAAUUUUCUGGAUUUGGCUGUUCACGGCGUCUGACCUCUGAAGCAACUCCUGAACAAUGCAAAUUAAACCGAAGUGCACACAGUUAUUAUAAAGCCAAAAAAGGAAAGAAAACCAAUCAAAACUGCGAAUCCCCACCCAGUUCAUGGGGAGGUGGAGAGCCGCCGCCGCCGCACUCAAUUUCUCACGCUUACCCUCUAAACCAAAGCUCUGUCAUAAGUACACCGUGAACCCUCCUCGCAGCAGGUUUCCAGAUUUUGCAUCAGCAGCUGCAGUCCCGCCCAUCUCUGGAAACCUCGAGUCCAAGUCCUUCUCCGCUGCUCCAUGGCCAUAUCCUCUCUAUAUCGAUGAUUUCGAAUGCAAUCCUGUAGAUUUUGCUCGGAUUCCAGAUCCAAAAGAGGACGAGGAACCUGGAAAAAUUCAAAUAAAAGCUUAUUUUCUUUCUACCAGAUUCAUAAUUUUGAAACAGUAUUGAUUUGAAGAGCUUGCAAGCAGAGCAUUCAGCCAAUGUCAUGCCCCCAUCGUCUCGGUCAUCAAACUAUGUAGUACUCAGAUUUAACAACCAUCCUCUGUCCAGUACCAUUGGAGUUGGAGGAAAUGCAAACUGCUUCCACUACAUGGUUGUCUUCCAGUAUGGUUCUGCUGUCUUAUUCAAUGUGGACGAUGAAGAAGCUGAAUGCUACUUGCAAAGAGUGAGAAGAUACGCAAGUGGAUUGCUUCUUGAGAUGAAAAAAGACGAUUAUGCAGUAAAAGAGAAGCCAUCAUUGGUUGAGGAUAUGGAGGGACGUCCAGACUACAUUGUGCUGAAAAAUGUGGACACAGAUAGUAUCCGUGUAAUAAGCAGUGUGCUUGGGCAAAGUAUUGCACUUGAUUACUUUGUCUCACAGAUUGAUGGAAUGGUCGAGGAGUUUGCUAAUAUAAAUCGUGAAAUGGAAAGGACAGGAAAUUUCACAAUGGACAGGAAGAAGCUAUUUCAGCUCGUUGGCAAGGCUAAUUCAAACCUAGCCGAUGUUAUUUUGAAAGUUGGUCUUUUUGAGAGAUCUGAAAUUGCCUGGAGAGAUGCAAAAUAUGCCUUGAUACUGGAGUACCUGUCCGAGGAAUAUGAGGUUACCCAACGUUUUUGCAACCUUAACAUCAAACUAAAGUUUGUUGAGCAUAACAUACAUUUUCUUCAGGAAGUGCUACAAAACAGAAAGUCAGAUCUACUAGAGUGGUGCAUCAUAGUUUUACUGAGUUUAGAGAACAUUGUUUCUGCAUAUGAGAUUCUUCACCAGUCAACUGUUGUUCCUAUGUGAACAUGUAUGUACAUAUAUGCACAUAACUUAUUCUUUUUAGCAUAUGAGAAAAAACAAUCACUUGUAUUUGGUAAGCGUAAAAAGGGGGAUGAGUAUAAAAUGGAAAGGGUCCACCACUUUUUGGUUCCUCCUAACGUGAGAAGAACCCAAAAGAAAACUCAAUUUUGUUCACAUAUUUGCCCCCAUUUGCUCUUUCCUUUUUAUUUUUAUUCUCCUUAAUGGGGAUAUUUUUGCCCUAUUACAAAUAAAAUCGUUUUUCUUUUAUUCAAA